CAUAGUUGAUCUUCAGCACAGAAAAACAGAAUUUAAAACAAACAUAGAAAGAAUUCAAAGAAGGAAAGCAUAUCAUGGACCCAACAGAAGCCUUCUCAUCGAGCGUCUUUAAGUGGGACCCCAGAGCCGCAAUGCCCCCGCCAAGCAGGUUCCUUGACCCCGGGGCGGCGCCCGUACUCCCCCAAGCCCACCUACUUCAUGCUGCUGCGGCGGCGGCUACUCAGCAUCCGUCUGCCGCCUCCUACUCCGUGCGCAACCGGCCGCCGGCGGAGCUGGGGGGACUGGGAAGGCUUGAGGACUUGUUCCAAGCGUACGGCAUCAGAUACUACACCGCCGCCAAGAUAGCGGAGCUUGGAUUCACCGUGAACACGCUGCUGGAUAUGAAAGAAGAGGAGAUUGACGACAUGAUGACCAGCCUGUCCCACAUCUUCCGGUGGGACCUACUUGUCGGUGAGCGCUACGGCAUCAAAUCCGCAAUCAGGGCCGAGCGCCGCCGCCUCGAGGACGAGGAGUUGCGCCGCCGCCACUUCCUGGCCGGCGAUAGUGUCAUGACCAACGUCCUCGAUGCUCUUUCUCAAGAAGGUUUAUCAGAGGAGGGUGGGGUGCGUGGGCAUGACAAGGAAGCGGUGGGGAGUGGAGGCGGAGGACCGUGGGAAGUGGUGGCGGGAAGUAGCGGUAAGGAAAAGCAGAGGAGGAGGAAGAAGAGUGUGGGUAAGGCGGCGGCGGCGGCGGGGAGGACGUUUGUGUCGAUGGAGGCGGAGGAGGAGGACGAUAUGGACGGGAACGACGAGGAUGACGACGACGGGGUAAGCGAGAGGCAGAGGGAGCAUCCGUUCAUCGUGACGGAGCCGGGGGAGGUGGCGCGUGGGAAAAAGAACGGCCUGGAUUACCUGUUCCACUUGUACGAACAAUGCCGAGAUUUCCUGAUGCAGGUUCAGAGCAUCGCCAAGGACAGGGGAGAAAAAUGUCCCACAAAGGUGACGAAUCAGGUGUUCAGAUAUGCGAAGAAGGCAGGGGCGAGCUACAUCAACAAGCCCAAAAUGCGGCACUACGUCCACUGCUACGCGCUGCACUGCCUGGACGAGGACGCCUCCAACGCGCUGCGGAGGGCCUACAAGGAGAGGGGCGAGAACGUCGGCGCGUGGCGGCAGGCCUGCUACAAGCCCCUCGUCGCCAUCGCCGCCCUCCAGGCUUGGGACAUCGACGCCAUCUUCAACGCCCACCCCCGCCUCUCCAUCUGGUACGUCCCCACCAAGCUCCGCCAGCUCUGCCACGCCGAACGCAGCCAGGCUUCGUCGUCCACCUCGCUCUCCGGCGCCGGCGCCGCUUGCUCCCACCUCCCUCUCUUUUAAUUCACUUUCGACAUCUUCUUUUACUACUUUUUUCUCCUGCUUAAUGAUGGACGUUGAUGGUGAUGUAUUAUUGUAAUGUUCUCCUAAUUUCAAUUACUUGUCUUGAUCUAUUUUGAUACAUGGUGGAUAGGCUGCAUGAUCU